UUCCCAAAAUUUGGUAAUGGGUAGUUUUGGUUUUGUGAUUUAUUUGUGUUACCUGCUUUGAUUCUCUGAUCUUUCUAUUAGACUGAGGAUUUGGAGGGAGUGGAGACCUGAUUGAUAGAAACUGCUCAACAUAUUCUCCUUGCAGCUCUGUAUUUUGUUUACUUUUCCUCAUAGAAACUGGAAAUUUAAGCUAUUAGGACCGACCACUCUCAUAUUAGCUAUGGCGACUGGAAGUCUUUAUUUCGAUGACUUGCGAAGUAACUCUGAGGUCAUUGAUUCUCCCCAAACUAAAGACAUGAUGGAUGUGGGGGAACAUGUUAAUGAGACCACACCGAAUUCUUUAAAGCCUAAUCCAGCAGUCUCUAGUAGUGUGCGUGAGCUAUUGGAAUGCCCGGUGUGCCUAAAUGCUAUGUAUCCACCAAUUCAUCAGUGUUCCAAUGGUCAUACGUUAUGUUCGGGAUGCAAACCUCGGGUACACAACCGUUGCCCAACUUGCAGGCAUGAGCUUGGCAAUAUUAGAUGUCUCGCUUUGGAGAAGGUUGCUGCUUCUCUUGAGCUCCCGUGUAAAUAUCAGAACUUUGGGUGCGUGGGGAUCUAUCCAUAUUAUAGCAAGCUGAAGCACGAGUCCCAAUGUGCGUUCAGACCCUAUAAUUGUCCCUAUGCAGGGUCGGAAUGUUCGGUGGUUGGUGACACUCCCUACUUGGUAAAUCACUUGAAAGAUGAUCACAAGGUUGAUAUGCACGCUGGGAGUACUUUCAACCAUCGCUAUGUCAAAUCAAAUCCGCACGAGGUUGAGAACGCCACGUGGAUGCUCACGGUUUUCAGUUGCUUUGGGCAGUACUUCUGCCUGCAUUUCGAAGCAUUUCAGUUAGGGAUGGCACCAGUUUACAUAGCAUUCUUGCGAUUCAUGGGUGAUGACAACGAGGCUAAAAACUAUAGCUAUAGUCUCGAGGUUGGAGGGAACGGGAGAAAGAUGGUUUGGCAAGGGGUGCCGAGGAGUAUAAGGGACAGUCACCGAAAGGUUCGUGACAGUUUCGAUGGCCUCAUCAUUCAACGCAACAUGGCCCUCUUCUUCUCCGGUGGAGAUCGCAAAGAACUGAAGCUCAGAGUCACCGGUAGGAUAUGGAAAGAACAGUAGUGAUUGUGUCGUCUACUCGUCUCUAGAAUCUAGACAAAACUCUUUCAAUCCUAGGAUAGAAUUUGUUCAUUUGUUGCUCAAUGAAACUUUCUGGUCUUGUAUUUUUUGAACUUUCAGAAGCAAAUUCUGUUUGCUUGUCCACAAAAUACAUGACAGCCCAAGCUGCCUGGUUAAGCAAUAUAGUGUUUGAAUUACUCAGUUA